AUAAAAAUAGAACACAGGAUACAGAACAACCAUUCCCGAACCAGGACAAACUCGGGUCGCCCAGAACACGGAGAAGACACGCUACCCCUAGGCCAUACAGGCGCUGAUAUUCUCUCAUAUUGCUCAUGAAAAAUAAUCUUUGAAAACAUUUAGUAAAGUCUGGUGUUCUUGUAGCUAACUAUUCAGAUCUUCAAGAUAAAAAAAAUCAAGGAAGUUUCAUUGAAAAACAUCUGUUGCCAAUAGGUAGAAAUCACAUCCAUUCUAUCCAACUGCAUCAACCAAGUAUCCUCUUUUUGAUGAACUGUUAGUUAAAGUUUGGAAUUCGAGCCCAGUAAUAAGAUUCUGCGAAUCUACUACUUAUAUUUCAGAAUAACCAACGACCGUUGAGCUGCUGAUUUAGAUGAAGUGAGAUUGUUGAUGAGCUAGAAGACUUGAAAGGAGUAUUAGAAAAGAAGAAUAAAAAAAAUUAUCAAUGGCCAGUAUUAAGAAAAAAGUAGCUGUUCUUGGAGGUGGAGUAGCUGGACUCUUUUCAAUAAUUUGUUUAAAAGAAGAAGGCAAUUUUGAGCCAAUUUGUUUUGAAAAAACAGACAAACCAGGUGGUACAUGGUGUUACAGAGAAGAGGUAAUUGAUGGCGUUUCAUGCACCAUGUCCACAACAAUCAUUAAUCACAGCAAGGAACUGGGAGCCUGGAGCAAAUAUCCACCAUCGAAAGAAUUCAACAAUUUCAUGAAGCAUAGCGAGCUGUACCAAUACUUCAUGAACAUUUGGACAUCAACAGGUGCCCUGAAGCACGUCCAGUAUAACAUGGAAAUCGUAAAUGUACGACGAGCUGAUGACUAUGAUGAAACUGGUAGGUGGAUUGUUACCGCGAAGAACACGGUAACCGGAGAAGAAUCCACCGACAUUUAUGAUGGCGUUUUGGUAUGCACUGGACAGUAUACUCAGAAAAUAAUGCCAAUGUAUAAGGGCCAAAAUCUAUUCAAAGGAGAAAUUUCACAUACUCACAGUUUGAGGGAAACUGAAAAGUAUCGCAAGAAAAGAGUGAUUGUGGUGGGCAUGGGAUGCUCUGGAUUGGAUGCGGCUGUAGAAAUUAGUAAUAUUGCUAAUCAGGUAUAUCUUAGCACGCGAUCUGGAGCAUACGUUAUUCAACGCGUUGGCCCACACGGAUUACCAUUUGAUUACCAUUUAGCCAGACGUUACAUAUUCCUUUUAUUUGAUAUAUUACCAUCAUAUGCACUUAGCUGGCUUUUGGAGUCUGUUUUCAUGGAUCCGCAAUUCAACAGAAAGUUAUACGCUGUCAAACCCAAAUAUCAUGUUUUAUCCAAGGAUCCAGUUAUAAAUGAUCAUUUGGCUUCGAAAUUGUUGUCGGGAUCUGUUAUUCAAAAGCCCGAUAUCCAUUGCUUCACAGAAGAUGGUGUCAUUUUUGAAGGAGAUACUGAAGUCACCAAGGCUGAUGCUGUUAUCAUGGCAACCGGCUAUGUACACACUUUUCCUUUUCUUGAAGAUGGUGUCGUAAUACAGGAAGAAGGAAGAAUUGAUCUUUACAAAUGUGUGUUUCCAGCACAAUUAAAACACGGAACUCUUGCAAUAAUAGCCUCAGUUCUUCCAUUUGGACCAGGAUUUCCAGUCGGAGAGCUUCAGAUUCGAUGGGCAGUUCAAGUGUUAGCCGGUAAAUGUAAACUUCCACCACCGGAAGUGAUGCUGAAAGAAGCAAAGGACAGAUAUGAUAAGAAUUUAAAAAGAUACGCUCCCAGCGAGAAAAUGUCACUUAGAAUAGAUUAUAUACCAUACUGCGAUGACAUAGCUUCUGAAAUCGGAGCAAAACCAAAUUUGUUGAAAAUGUUUUUCACUGAUACCAAGCUUUUUUUGAAGCUAUUCUUUGGACCCCAUCUAUCUUAUCAGUACAGACUUCAAGGGCCUCAUUCCUGGGAUGGUGCUAGGGACGCUAUUAUGACAGCCGAAGAAAGAAUAUUCUAUCCAUUAACAAAAGGAGCUUCAGAGACAGAUGGGGACAAUAUAUUCCUCAUGACUAUAAGAAAAUUUUUAAAAAAUUUAUUUUUCUAAAUAUAUAUAUAUAUUUUUAUAUAGAUUGGAUACUAUACUAGGAGUAUCAUCAUUUAUAAUGUAUUCUGUUUGUGAUUGUAAUUAUAAAAUUUUAUGAAUGAGCUAUUAUAAAAAAUCAAUACUCAUUUGCCUUUUAAAAUAAUCUAAAUCAAUCGAAAACUUCCAUCCGUUUCAAUUAUAUUUCUUGAGGACGAAAAAUUGAAUAUUUUAAUCUUUAAUUUGAUAUAUGAGAAAUGUUUUUGCGCAAAAGUAAAAAUAUAGUCUGUUAGGCCC